UCGAAUAUUUUUGUUGUGACGAUUUACGACAGGUGGUUUGCAGUCGGACAAGGUCCUUUGCCAAACCCGAACCAACCGUGGCACAUCGCUUCCAAACACCUCUCUCUCUCUCUCUCUCUCUCUCUGCCGUAGCUGCAUCAGAAAUUUUCUCCCGGACAGACCCACGCAACAAAUCAGAAUUCGAAUCCAAACCUUUUUUUUGUUUGGGGUAAUUGGAUUCCUAACUUUCUUCUGGAUCCAACUGUGUUCCAAAAACUUCUAUACUUUUGAUACAUCUACACACCCCAUUCCAGAGCGCGAGAGAGCUGUGGAUAGAUAGAUAGAUGGCUUCAAAUCAGGAAAUACCAGAAGGGACGGUACAGAACGUGCUGGAUCAGGAGACUCUCAAGUGGGUCUUCGUCGGUGGGAAAGGCGGCGUGGGAAAGACCACGUGCAGCUCAAUCCUCUCCAUCCUCCUCGCUAGGGUUCGAUCCUCCGUCCUCAUCAUCUCCACCGACCCCGCCCACAAUCUCAGCGACGCCUUCCAACAGCGAUUCACCAAAACCCCCACUCUCGUUAAUGGCUUCAACAAUUUGUACGCCAUGGAGGUGGAUCCAAAUGUGGAGCAUGAAGAGGCACCUGGUUCAGAUGGAAUGGAUGGUUUUUUGUCUGAUCUAGCAAAUGCAAUUCCCGGCAUUGAUGAGGCUAUGAGCUUUGCUGAAAUGCUUAAAUUGGUCCAAACAAUGGAUUAUUCUGUAAUUGUAUUUGAUACAGCUCCCACUGGCCAUACUUUGCGGCUCUUGCAAUUUCCAUCAACAUUGGAGAAGGGGCUUGCCAAAGUGAUGACCUUAAAGAACAAAUUUGGUGGCUUGUUAAGUCAGAUGACAAGCCUUUUUGGUGUUGGUGAUGAAUUCGGUGAGGAUGCAAUCUUGGGAAAGCUUGAGGGCAUGAAAGAUGUGAUUGAACAAGUCAACAAACAGUUCAAGGAUCCAGACUUGACAACCUUUGUCUGUGUUUGCAUCCCAGAGUUCCUCUCUUUAUACGAAACGGAGAGACUAGUGCAGGAACUCACAAAAUUUGAGAUAGACACUCACAACAUCAUUAUUAACCAAGUGCUUUUUGAAGAAGACGCUGUUGAAUCUAAGUUACUCAAAGCUAGAAUGCGUAUGCAACAGAAGUACCUUGAUCAGUUUUAUAUGCUCUAUGAUGAUUUUAACAUCACUAAGCUGCCAUUGCUGCCAGAAGAGGUUUGUGGUGUAGAAUCGCUCAAAUCAUUUUCCCGAAAUUUUGUAUCACCAUAUCAACCUUCAACACAUGAAGGUACGGUGGAAGAGCUGGAGAAGAGAGUAUCAACACUUAGGGAACAGUUGAAAGAUGCAGAAGCAGAGCUAGAAAGACUCAGAAAAGGAAAGCAAAAGGCCUAAUACGAGUGAAAGUACAGGUCCAACCAUACUCUCAGUAGCUGCUUUGGUUUAGCUACAUUUCAUACUCUGUUCCAUGGGAUUGUAUUUGGAUCGUGCAUUGGUGAAGGGAUUUAUGAAGGAAAAGAUAAAUGGUAGGGUAAACCUAGCUUUUUUACUCCCCAUUGUUAUCUUUCCUUCAUUUUGUACUUCCCUCCUAAAAUCCCUGUGCAAAUCAACCGUCCUACAAAGCUUAAUGGUUGGAAACCUCAUUCAUUAUUUUGUUUUAUAGUUUCUCCCCGUUGUGCUUCUUUUCUUUUCUUUUUGGGCGGAAGGGUGGUGAGAUAAAUGGCGUAAUUUGACAUUGGUUUGUGUUAUUAGGAAGUGAUAGUAAUUCUUGAAUAAUGUGUUAAAUGAUUGUACACUUGAAACAUUCACUGCUUCAACCAUGAACGAGCUCAUUCUUGGAAAUUAAAUAAUAAUUUAGUUGGCUUUGGUUUCGACUCCA